CCCCAGGGGCCAUAUCAUUUUAUCUGUGCCUGUUAAGCAUGUAUCACUAAGAGACAGACUGACAACCACAGUGUUGCUGUCACCCCAAAAGACAGCUGGUGACGUCGUUGUUGACUGUUGUCAGGGGUCACCAGGCAGUGACAAAAUGAGUUCUUGAGUUUAAUGACAGGGCCCUGUGUGGUAGAAGGAGAAAACAGACUCUGCAGUUGUCCUCUGACCUCCACACACGUGCAUACUUACACACACCAAAUACAUGAAUAGAACGUAAUUAAACAAUUAAAAAACUUGUCAGCCAGCACUCAGGAGGCAGAGGCAGGCAAAUCUGUGAGAUCAAGGCCAGCCUGGUCUACAGAGUGAGUUCCAGGACAGUCAGGGCUACACAGGGAAACCCUGUCUUGGAAAACCAUAAUAAUUACCAGUCGGGGGUCAUUCUGCUUGUUCAGCUGCUUCUGACUGGCUUUCUGUGGCUGAAUGCUGUGAAUUAGGGUUCCAGCUUGCUGUGGAACUCCAUGUUGCACAUCACCCGUGAGGUCUCUUCCAGUUUGGACAGAUUCCAUUGGCCUAGGCCAUCUGUUGAAGAAACAAGGCAGUUUUUCAAAUUUUGUUGAGACAAAUUUUGUUUGGUGAGACAGGGUCUCACUCUGUAGUCCAGGUUGUCCCUAACUCAAAGCAACUCCCCUAACCCCCCAGCCCCCCACCCCUGAGCUGUGAUGGAAUUAAAGGCAUUUGUCACCAAGCCAGGUAGCCUUUCUGUCUUGGUUGUUGUUGGAUUUGGGGGAUUCUGUUUGUCAGUCCUUUUCCAAAUACACCUCCCAGGUACUCCCCAUUCAUCAGGCUGCCUUUUACCCCACCGAUAGUGUUCUUGAUACAUGGAAGUUUUAAGUUUUUGCUAAGUCAUUAAGUUCAGAUUGUCUGGUUUUUCUCAUGUUGGCUGCUUUUGGUCACUACCAAAUGUAGCAUCUUGAGUUUGGUCUUUAAUCUUUCUAAAUGUUUUAUAUAGUUUUAUUCCUUUGUUUCAUUCAUUUUGAGUUGUUAGAACUACAAAAAUUCAACACACAGGAUUUCCUGUGUCCUAGAGCUUGCCAUUUGCUUCCUGGUGAACACUCUUUGCCCAGCUUGGUGUGUAGAGUACCACCAACUCAAUUGGCAUUGGGUUCAAUGUUUGGCAAGGCCUCUUUGUAAAGAUCAGGUGGAAUAAUGGCGGCUUUUUUACCUCCUAUGAUGCUGAGAUGGAUCAUGGUUUCAGGGGGCCGUCAAACUUUUGGGUCUCAGACUUGACUCCAGAGCAUGAAUGGUGGAGAAGGCUAAUUAAUAGCAGGAUUUGCCCUGCACCCUGGGGUGCCAGAUUCUGUCAGGGUGGGGCCCAAGAAUGUACAGUGUUGGCAAGUUCUCUGGUGAUAUCACUGUUUGGAGACUCUGCCAUGAGCCACUGUGUUCCAACCCUUGUAAGUUUCACUAAAUGCACACGGGAGUCUUCUGGGGACCUGACAGUAUGCUGGGAUAUGUUUUUUGUUUUGUUUUGUUUUUCAACUUGUUUGGAGGGGAGAUAAUUCUGUAGCCCAGGCAGGCCUUGAACUUGUGUCCCUGUUGCCUCAUCCUCCCAAGUGCUGGGAACAGGCUUGAGCCUCUAUGUCAAGCCAGUGGUGGGAUUCAGUCGAUCCCAGUGUUCUGAGUCACCAGCCACUGCCAGCCCUAUUAUCAGCCCUCAAAUUCACCAUAAUUUCUCUUCCCACACUUGGCACUUCCAGGAAAGGGGUGACCUCGGAGAGCAAUAACCUCCAAGAGCAGUGACCCAGAUAUUCCUUUCUUGCCCUCAAGCCCUAGGCACUAAGUAAGCCCUGAGCCAGCCCUGGGUAGAGAUUGGUAAUUGAAUGAAAUCAUAGUCACCUCUCUUUACAAACCUUCUGGAACGUUCUGCUUUGGAAUGUUCUAAUCUCUGGUUCGGGAUGCUGGGCUUGCUCAUUUCCAUAGCUUUCUCUUUCACAGGCAAGUUGUCAGAGUCAGGGCUCCCAGGAACUUAGCCAUCACCUGUGAUAGAGUGACCAGCUUGUUCAUCUGUCUCUGGGACAUCUUCAGGUUUGGGGGUUUUGUUUGUUUAUUGUUUUUCUUUCAGUCCUAGAUAUUAAACCCAGGGCCUUGCACAUGAUAGGUAAGUGUCCUGCCUCUAAGCUGUAUCCUCAAACCAACCUGUCGUCAUUGUGUUUGUUUCCUGAGAUGGGAUCUCACUAUGUAGUCUAGGCUAGCCUCAAAAUUGUGACAAUCGUCCCCGCACCUCCCCAGGCCUAGGAUCCAGAUAUCAAGCCACCAUGCCAAGCUCCUUUUGUCAUGUUUUUAUUUCGAAGCAGACUCUUACUACAUUUCCCAGGUUGGUCUUGAACCUGAAAUCUUCUACUUUGGCUUUUUAGUUAUAGCACAAACCUCCUUGUCCAGGGAGCCGUCCAUGGUCCCUAGCAGACAGGUUCAGUUAGUCAGUUUCCUGAGGAACCACCAGGUUUCUUCCUACUUUGAAAUGGGGGGUGGGGGAGGUCCUAGUUGUCUGCAUCUCUGUGACACUUGAUAUCAUUGCUGGCACUAAGUAAAGAGGAAGAAUUGUGACAUUUGACAUCAUUGCUAGCUGGAGAAGGCAGAAUUAAAAGAUGCCUAGUGGCAAGAAGUUGUGGUUUCAGUCAGGACUUGGCCUCAGAUUGAGACACUCUGUGUUGAGAAAACCUUUACCAGAAGGAGCCAGGACCUGUGGUUUCUCCUUCCCUGUGAGAAGACACCCUGUGUAAGAGCUGGGGAAGCAGAGAUGUUGGUACAUAGCUUGGACCCCAAAAGGGCUACCUGGGGCUCUCCAAUUGGCUCCGGAGCCAGCUGCCCCACCCCAUGUGGUAUAGAUUGGGUCCUCACUGGGAAUUCUGGGUGCGUUAAAAAGAAACUUGGCCAAAGGACUUUGCAGGUGAAAUAACUUUCCGUGAAGGCCUGAUGGCUUGAGUUCGGUGUUGGAACCCAUGUAAAAAGCCAGAUGCUCUAGGGCACAUGUGUGCAGCACUUCUUUGGUGAGAUGGAAGGCAAAGACAGGAAAAUCAGCUGGAAGCUUGAGAGCCACUGUGGCACAUAGGGGACCACUGUGACAUCGUGGUAGAAAUGACACCUGCUUCAACAAGAUGGAAAAAGAGAACCGUCUACCAAGAAUUGGUCUCUGAUCUCCAUGGAGAGAUUUGUCAGCAGAAUUGAGGCCAAGGUCAGGGUCAUGAUGCACUCUAUUAGGUAAGCCAAGAAUUUUAGUCUGUGUGUGGGUGCACGCCUAUUGUGUUAAUUCUUGGUCUUUGAAGAUCACUUUCAAAUAAAGUCGUUUGGUUUGGUUUGGUUUGGUGAGGCAGGGUCUUGCUGAGUAGCCCAAGGUAGCUUUGAAUUUGAUGUGUACCUCAGGCUGGCCUUGCAUUCACUGUUUAGCUGGAGCUGACUUUAAACCCUUGACCGCAUGCUGGGAUUUGGCAGAUGUUACCACACCUAUCAUCUUGCCCUCAAAUCUCCCUCUAAUAACCAGGCUAAGAUAGAAAGUGGCUGUUUAGCCCCUCCCACAAAGCACUUACAGGGAGUGGCCUCUGUGCCCACAAGGUCAGAUUUUAAGAGGAAGAAACAAAGGAUGUGGAAUGUCUCUGGAAACAGCAGACUCCGGCCCAGCCCACCUGUCAUCAAACCAAAUCAGAUGUCAUGGCACCCCCAGUACCGCAGCUCCAAGUUCCGACAUGUCUACGGCAAGCCCGCCAGCAAAGAGAACUGCUACGACUCGGUGCCCAUCACACGUAGCGUCCAUGACAACCACUUCUGUGCUGUGAACCCCCAUUUCAUCGCUGUGGUCACUGAAUGCGCCGGCGGGGGAGCCUUCCUUGUCAUCCCCUUGCAUCAGACAGGAAAGUUGGACCCUCACUACCCCAAGGUCUGCGGGCACAGAGGGAAUGUCUUGGACAUCAAGUGGAAUCCUUUCAAUGACUUCGAGAUUGCCUCCUGUUCUGAAGAUGCCACGAUUAAAAUCUGGAACAUCCCCAAGCAGUUGUUGACAAGGAACCUCACAACCUACAGAAAGGAACUGGUGGGCCAUUCGCGCAGGGUGGGGCUGGUGGAAUGGCACCCCACGGCUGCCAACAUCCUCUUCAGCGCUGGCUAUGACUACAAGGUGAUGGUGUGGAACCUGGACACAAAGGAAUCUGUAAUUGCAAACCCCAUGAGGACAAUCACCUGUCACCAAGAUGUGAUCCUCUCCAUGUCCUUCAACACCAAUGGCAGCCUGCUGGCCACCACCUGUAAGGACCGCAAGAUUCGGGUUGUCGACCCCCGUGUGGGGAUUGUCCUCCAGGAAGCCAGCUACAAGGGGCACCGGGCCAACAAAGUGCUCUUCCUGGGGAACCUCAAGAAGCUGCUGUCCACAGGUACUUCCAGAUGGAACAACCGGCAGAUGGCCCUUUGGGACCAGGACAACCUUUCUGUGCCCCUCACAGAAGAGGACCUGGAUGGCUCCUCGGGUGUGUUGUUUCCCUUCUACGACUCAGAUACCAGCAUGCUGUACAUUGUGGGGAAGGGAGAUGGGAACAUCCGGUACUAUGAGGUGAACCCUGAAAAGCCUUACCUGAGCUACCUGACUGAGUACCGCUCCUACAACCCACAGAAGGGGAUCGGUGUCAUGCCAAAGAGAGGUCUCGAUGUGUCUUCCUGUGAGAUCUUCCGCUUCUAUAAGCUGAUCACCACCAAAAGCCUCAUUGAGCCUGUGUCCAUGAUUGUACCCCGGAGGUCAGAAUCCUACCAAGAGGACAUUUACCCGCCCACGGCAGCAGCCCAGCCCUCCCUGGCAGCCCACGAGUGGCUCAGCGGAAUAAACAGAGAGCCUGUCAUGAUGUCCCUGAGACCUGGCUCUGAACUUCUGGACUCCCAGCCACUGCCUCCAGAGAAACCUCUCUCCAAUUUUAUGUUCCAAGUUUCACCCCAGCCCUUGGAACCUAUGGCACAGCUGGUGACAAAAGAUGGCCAUACACAUUGCUCUCUGCUGGACGAGAAGGCAUCAAAGUGGGCCACAGAGCAGCGGCUGGAGGAGAAGUCAUGGCUCACCAAUGGCUUUGAUGUUUUCGAAUGUCCCCCACCAAAGACAGAGAAUGAGCUGCUGCAGAUGUUUUACCGGCAACAGGAGGAGAUCCGAAGACUCCGGGAGCUGUUGAUCCAGAGAGAGGUCCAGACCAAGCAGCUGGAACUGGAGAUCAAAAACCUGCGGAUGGGCUUAGGACAGUUCUGAGCAGAGGUCUCCGCCAUCCUUGCCCUCAGGGACAACACUAGGCUCUGUGGGGAGGUCCAGAACCAAACCACAGGUCCCCGAGAACAACCACUAUUUCUAUAUUUUAUACCAGAAAACAAAACUCUCAGUCGCUGAAAGAGAUCUCAGUGGGACUUGGUGCCGCUUUCCUGUUGCCUUCUCAUAGCUGCAGUUUCUGCCCUGACUGCUUUAGAUUGCACCCUGCCUUCUACUGAAUUCUGGUUUUAAGGGUUGGUGAGGAACUAUGACCUCCCAGCGGGGGGAAAAGCUUGGUAGCAAGAUGUGGACGGACUGAGUAGGUCAAUCUGCCUGUGGUUUGCAACUCUGGUCAUAGAGGGUGGUUUUGGUCAGUGGGCUUCAUCUUAACAGAUGGCCCCCAUCUCCAUUAGCCCACUUUGGAAUAUAUACUUUGACUGCUAGAUUAUCUUUUAGAAGUUUGAAAACCAUUGACCUGGCUUAAUUCCCUCCUUCUAUAGGCAAGGAAACUGAGGCCCAGAGAGAGACACACGUGUGAUCUGUUUCCUGGCAGGGCUGGACUGAGGUCCUGUCCUUCUGGGUCUGUCUGGCAGUGCUGUUCUCAGUCCCCACAGUAGGAAUCCAUUAGUUCUGACCUCAGCUAUGUCCCCACUUACUGGUGACCAAGUACUUCUCUCUCUGGUCUCAGUUUUCCCAUCUGAACAGAGGGAAGUUCCAAUGAGCUGCUUCCUCCGUAGCUUGCCACCAAAUACUUGAUUUUGACCAUGCCUGUGGUUUGCUAACCUGGGCUUAAUGAAGAAACUCAAGCUGGUGUGGGGAGCUCAAUCUGAGAAGGAUGAGUGAAGAUUUGGUCCAAUUCUAAACCACAGACAGGUGGCCAAUCCCAUCCUUCCAACCAGAAUCAGCUAGAUGGGGGUAGACCAUAGGUGGAGGACCUCAGAGCUGUGUCCAUGUCUGUUGACUCCAGAGCCUGCCACCUCCCAGAGAGCAGACACAGACUUCCACCCAGGCUAUCAAAGGCCUCUGAGAGGCUGGGGGACCCCCGCACUGGAGGGGGCCAAGCCCCGUGGCCACCCGCCAGAAGGGCUCUUGUUGACUACACUAGGUGAGAAGUGGAACCAGAUAGCUUCUGGUUGGAAAGCCUGCGCCCCUCCCUUGUGUGUCCUGUGCCCUGUCUGAGGCUCUGUCUCUCUUGGUGGUCAGUACAGCAGCCCAGCUAGUGCCUAAGAAGAACUGAGACAAAGCUUACUUCCAAAGCUUACCACACACACACACACACAGCCACACACACACACACACACACACACACGCACAUGCACACGCACACACACUCCUCUGGACAGGCCAACAGUGUUUUCCCCAUCACACAGGGUCACUCUGGAUCUCAAGUGGGAAUUGCAGGAGCCACUCAUGUCACCUAUUUACAUCCCUCUAGAUAGACAUACUGAUGACCAGACCCACUGCACUCUUCAGUGGAAAGUGUGGUCCUCUGGACAAGCUGCCCAGGUGACUUUAGCACAAUGGGGAUGGAGACACUUCUGGCUAGUCUCCUGCACCUGUACUGACAAUGAAAGUAGGACAAUCCCAAGACUCCCACAUGGCCUUGCCCCUCGCUGUCGCUGGUAUCUGCAUACACCAGAGUCCUGUGCUCCUUGGUUUAUUCUCCACCCAUCAAUCAUUAGACUAGGAUUUUAUUCCCAACUCUGUUUGCCUUGUUUGUGCUCCUGAGAAAAAGGCUAAGUCCCAGGCAUUGAUGGGUAACUGGAGCUCCUGGGUUGGGGCUCUCUCAUUGUGACAGUACAUCGUAAUUGGUAAAGCUCCCAUCCCCACCUCCAACCCCAUAUUCAGAAGGCAGGACAGCCUCAGAGUGAAGACACCAGCCCAAAGCCACUGGCUGCCACCCAUGUGUGGCUGGGGGUGGGGUCUCCAGAGCUUCAUCAUAUCUCUGUACAACAUUUCCCCCACCCCCAAGAAAAGCUCUCCCCAUUGUAAGGGACCCAGACGCAGACCUCACAUUCAAGAACAGGUCACAGGCGGCUAUGAACAAAUUUAUUUGUUGUUUUUUUUGUGUUGUUUUUUUUUACAUCUAGAAUAAAUUAUUUAAAUUAUUUCAUAGCAAGGGAGAGGGAUAGGUAAUUUUUAUCAGAUAUUUUUUAAAGUCAUCUUUUUUUUAAGAUUGUGUUUUUAUGUUCUUGAGUUGAUGGAGCAACAGUGCCCACGAAGGCAGUGUCCACCCAGUGGCAAAGCAGCCCUCGUCUCUCUAUUUCAUGCCUUGGGAGCUCCCUUUCUGUUGACUCAGGAACUUUGUGUGGAUGAGGAGAAUGCUUGGAGAUAAACAAUUGGCUAGUACCCACCUUAGCUCUAGAAUAAUUCUGCUUCCUAGAACAAAACUUAAGGGCAUGCCCUAGAGGGAAACAGGAAGUGAGAAAUCUACGCUUUUCAUAUGAAACCGUGCCUGAAGCCUUUGAAUGAUUGUUCUAAUGUUUCUUAAAUUCCUUGUACCUUUGUAAAAAAAAAAAUUAAAGAAAUAAAAGUUAAAAUAGAUGCAGAAUUAUGCAAUGGAAGAAUAUAGCAAUCAACACUGGGUGGUAAUUCCUCCUGUAAUCCCAGCGCUUGGAAGGCUGAGGCAGAAGGAUUGAGUUUCAGUCCAGCCUGAACAAAGAGUGAGAGACCCUGCCUCAACCAAAAUAAUAAUAAAACAGCAAACUCAAUAUUGCAAUGCAUGGAGAUUUCCCUUUGUUAAUUCGUUCUACCAAUACCAAAUACCAGGUGUUUGGACCAGAUACCCCUACUGACAAAAUGGCCAGUAAGUGUUAUCAGUC